CAGAGCUGCUGCUGGCCCACAGACAGCUGCAUGACGAGUCCAGACAGAAAAGGAGAUUGCUCAGAAAAGAGAGAAGAGAGAAGAUGUUGGACUACCUGACGUGACACAGACAGCCUGCCGGAUGAUCUCAACACCUUUUACACCUGUUUGAGACCUCCAGCCACAACACAGAGAGGAGGCCUGCACACACCCAGACUCCCCAGACCACUCAACACCCCUCCCCUCCCCCAACAGUUUCAACAGGCCAGGUACACAGAGCACUGAGGAGGAUUAACCCCCGGAAGGCAGGAGGACCAGACAACAUCCCGGGGCGGGCCCUCAGAGCAUGUGCUAAUGAGCUGGCUGACGUUCUCACCUCCAUAUUCAACCUCUCCCUCAGCCAGAGCAUUGUUCCCACCUGGUUCAAGACCACAAACAUUGUUCCCCUCCCCAAGAAAAGCCCACCCACCUGUCUGGAUGACUACAGGCCAGUAGCACUCACUCCAAUCAUCGCAAAGUGCUUCGGAGAGUGGUGAUGGCCCACAUCCAGAACAGCCUACCAGACACACUGGACCCCUUGCAAUUUGCAUACCGGCUGAACAGGUCCACCUCAGACGCCAUCACUGCUACACUCCACUAUUCCCUAUCCCACCUGAAAAACAAAGACUCCUACAUCAGGAUACUCUGUGGAUUACAGCUCGGCAUUUAAUACAGUCAUCCCCCACAAACUCACCCUCAAACUGCUCACACUUGGCCUGCACCCCACACUCUGCGACUGGCUCCUAGACUUUCUGACUGGCAGGCCCAGUCUGUCAGGAUUGGUAAUAGGACUUCAGCCAGCAUCAUCACCAACACUGGCACCCCUCAGGGAUGCGUUCUCAGCCCCAUCCUCUACACCCUGUUCACCCAUGACUGUGUCGCCUCCCACAAGGACAACAUCAUCCUGAAGUUUGCGGAUGACACUGCAGUGAUCUGUCGCAUCACUGGAAGCGGCCUACAGAAGGGAGGUGGCCGGUCUAGUGGCAUGGUGUGAUGACAACAACCUCUCCCUCAACACAAACAAGACAAAGGAGAUGAUAGUGGACAUAAGGAAGGAGAGGAGACCUCAUCAACCACUGUCUAUCCGGGAGCUUGAAGUGGAGAGGGUGAGCAGUUUCAAAUACCUGGGUGUCCACCUCAGUGAGGACCUCACCUGGACACUGAACACCACGCAGCUGGUUAAGAAGGCCCAACAACGGCUGUAUUUCCUGAGGAGGCUGAGGAAGUUUGGCAUGUCGCCCAGGAUCCUCUGCAACUUCUACAGCUGCGUGGUUGAGAGCACCAUAACCAGCUGCAUCACAGCGUGGUACAGCAACACUACUGUUGCGGACCGCACUCGCCUGCAGAGAGUGGUUAAGACUGCUGAGAGGAUCACCAGGACACCACUGCCCUCUCUGCAGAGCAUCUACAAUCGCAGAGUCCACAGGAGAGCUGCCUCUAUGCUCAGAGACCCCACCCAUCCACAACACGGACAGUUCACACUUCUACCCUCAGGCCGGAGGUACAGAAGUUUGAACAACAAGACUCAAAAACUCUUUCUUCCCCUCUGCAAUCAGACUCCUGAACAGUUGACAGGAGUCACAUCAAUGUACCACCUCGUCACCUUACACCUGUACUUCUGUUUACAACUGCGCUCUUGCACAACUGUUUUGCACAUCCCAUGGUAUACAUUGCACAUUGCACAUCAGACACUUUUAAAAUUACUGUAAUAUUGAGUUAUUUUUAAUUUUAUUACUGUACUAAUAUUGUGUUUGUUACUAUUCUA